UGUAGGAUAUCUAGCAGGAUGUCUAGUUCGAGAACUGAGUGAAAAACAACCAGAGCUGCAGAUAAGUGAACGAGAUAUGCUAUGUGUUCAGAUUGCUGGGCUUUGUCAUGAUCUCGGUCAUGGGCCAUUUUCUCAUAUGUUUGAUGGAAGAUUUAUUCCACUUGCUCGCCAAGGAGUGAAAUGGAAGCAUGAACAGGGCUCAGUUGAUAUGUUUGAGCACCUCAUUAAUUCUAAUGAUCUCAAACCCAUCAUGGAAUACUAUGGUCUCAUCCCUGAAGAAGAUAUUACCUUUAUCAAGGAACAAAUUACAGGACCACCUAAAACACCAGUUAAAGAUGUAUCGGUAA